UGAAACAUUCCUCGAUUAUCUCUCCUCUCUCUAUAAAUCUGUCAUCUCUCUGAUCUCACACUAUCUCUCUCUUUCUCUCUCAUUUCAAGGUCUCCACGAUGAAGCACAAAGUCUCGAAGAGAGUCAUCUCUCUCAAAUGGGUCCCCUUCAUCUGCAUCUCUUUCUUCGUCCUCGGAGCCAUCUUCACCUCAUGGUCAUGGGAGCCGUCUUCUGAUUCCGGUAGUCAGCUGAUCUCACAGCGGCAUCGUGACCAUGAACUCCAGAUUUUAUCUGACGAUUGUGACCAUAAGAAAAAAGCUACGCAAGAAAAGGAUGUAAUUAACCAAGUUUUGAAAAAACAAGAAUCAAUACAGUCGCUAGAUAAGUCAGUUUCAACGCUUCAAAUGGAGUUAUCUUCUUCUACAAGGACCUCCUCACAAGAGACGGUUGAUGAUUCCUCUUUAAGCGGAGCUAACCCGAAGAAGAAAGUGUUCAUGGUUAUGGGAAUCAACACUGCAUUUAGCAGUAGAAAACGGCGUGAUUCACUCAGAGAAACAUGGAUGCCUCAAGGAGAGAAGUUAGAGAAACUGGAGAAAGAGAAAGGGAUUGUCAUCAAGUUCAUGAUUGGACACAGUGCGACUUCAAAUAGUAUCUUGGAUAGAGCUAUUGAUUCAGAGGAUGCUCAACACAAAGACUUCCUUAGACUGGUGAGACAGUUAACAAGGAAUCUUCUAAAGAAAGAAUAUAGUUUGUUCACUUCUUUCUUAUUUUGCUUGCAGGAGCAUGUUGAAGGAUAUCAUGAACUCUCAGCAAAAACCAAAAUAUUCUUUUCAACAGCAGUAGCGAGAUGGGAUGCAGAGUUCUAUAUCAAAGUUGAUGAUGAUGUUCACGUUAAUCUCGGUAUGCUUGCUUCCACACUUGCUCGUCACAGGUCAAAGCCAAGAGUCUAUAUUGGCUGUAUGAAAUCAGGACCUGUUCUUGCUCAAAAGACAGUGAAGUACCAUGAACCUGAGUACUGGAAGUUUGGAGAAGAAGGUAACAAGUACUUCCGACAUGCUACAGGACAGAUAUAUGCCAUCUCCAAGGAUCUUGCCAAAUACAUAUCCAUCAAUCAGCCAAUAUUGCAUAAGUAUGCAAAUGAAGAUGUGUCAUUAGGGUCAUGGUUUAUUGGACUUGAGGUUGAACAUAUUGAUGACAGAAACUUCUGUUGUGGUACUCCUCCAGAUUGUAGAUGGAAGGCUGAGGCGGGAGAUGUGUGUGUGGCGUCAUUCGAGUGGAGCUGCAGUGGUAUUUGCAAGUCGGUAGAGAGAAUGAAGAUAGUCCAUGAAGUGUGUAGUGAAGGAGAAGAAGCUGUUUGGAAUGCUCUUCUCUAAAAGAAAAUGUAUCAAACCCUCAACACAAAGCUACUUUGACAGUUGUUAAGAGGAGAUGACAAUUUUUGUAAAGAACCAAAAGGUAUACAAAAUCUCAUAUACUGGAGAAAUCAUCAAGUACUUUAAAAUGAAGAAUGGCUUUUUUUUUUUUUUAAC